AUGAAGCGAUCGUUCACGCCCGCAGUCGCUGCGGCGCUGCUCUCCGCCGCCACGUUGACCGCCGGUCAAACCUCGCCGUUUUCUGUUGACACGGACGAUGCGAUCCUCAAGAGCGCUGGCACGCUUGCGUGGGAUAUGCUCCAGUACUACAAAGGCAAUCUAUCCGGACAGACGCCCGGCAUCCUCCCAGGACCGCCUCCUGCCGGCGACUACUACUGGUGGGAGGGUGGUGCCAUGUGGGGGACUCUGAUCGAUUACUGGGCUUGGACCGGCGACUCCUCGUACAACGACCUCAUCAUGCAGGCCAUGCAGUUCCAAAUCGGCGAAAACAAGGCCUAUAUGCCUCAUAACGUCACCGCCUCUCUCGGCAACGAUGACCAGGGUUUCUGGGGCAUGUCCGCCAUGGCAGCCGCUGAGAUGAAGUUCCCGAACCCGCCCUCGGAUAGGCCUGGCUGGCUGGCACUUGCUCAAGCCGUCUUCAACACUCAGGCCAGUCCUGAUCGCCACGACGAUACCUGCGGUGGCGGGCUUCGCUGGCAGAUUCCGUUUGCAAACAACGGCUACAACUACAAGAACAGCAUCGCCAACGGCUGCUUCUUCAACAUUGGUGCGCGCCUUUACCGGUACACCGGAAACAAGACUUUUGAGGACUGGGCUGUCAAGACGUGGGAUUGGAUGGAAAAGGUCAACUUCAUCGACAACGAGACCUACGCCAUCUACGACGGCGGAAACGUUGGCAAUAACUGCACAGAUAUCAACAAGGCGCAGUUUUCGUACAACAACGGCGUCUUUGCGCUGGGCGCGGCCUUCAUGUGGAAUGCGACCGAGGACGACCAGUGGAAGACGAGGACGAACCGCCUGAUCGAACACGGUCUCAAGACCUUCUUCCCCGACGGCGUCGCUGUCGAGAUCUCUUGCGAGAACGCAGGAACCUGCACAACGGAUAUGCUUACGUUCAAAGGCUUCGUGCACCGAUGGUACGCCACAAUUACGCAGAUUGCACCCUUCACCGCAAGCACCAUCCUCCCCGUCCUGAAGAAGUCGGCAGCGGCAGCUGUCAGCCAAUGCACCGGAGGCGACCUGGGCCGACAGUGCGGCUUUAAGUGGGCAAGCGGCAAGUACGACGGCAAGACGGGCGCGGGUCAGGAAAUGAGCGUCCUGGCGGCCGUGUCGUCGCAGCUCAUUGGCAAGAAGCCCGUAGCAGCGCCAGUCACGUCCAAGACGGGCGGCACGUCGGAGGGCAACCCGAACGCGGGCUCGGGCGGCGACGACUUCCAGAAGGAGGAGAAGCCCAUCACGACGGGCGACCGUGCGGGCGCGGGUAUCCUGACGGCCGUCGUGCUGGGAUCGGCUUGCGGCAUGUUUGGGUGGAUGAGCAUGGGCAUCUAA